AUGAGAGGCAGUGCGGGAAUAAGAGACAGUGCGGGGGCGAGUGGCAGUGCGGGAGUGAGGGGCAGUGCAGCAGCAAGUUUUGAGGCGCCUCAAAGCUCGGGGGUGAGUGGCAGUGCAAGGAUGAGGGGCAGUGCGGGGGUGAGGGGCAGUGCGGGGGUGAGUGGCAGUGCGGGGGUGAGUGGCAGUGAGGGGGUGAGUGGCAGUGCGGGGGUGAGUGGCAGUGUGGGGGUGAGUGGCAGUGGGGGGGUGAGUGGCAGUGUGGGGGUGAGUGGCAGUGUGGGGGUGAGUGGCAGUGUGGGGGUGAGUGGCAGUGUGGGGGUGAGUGGCAGUGUGGGGGUGAGUGGCAGUGUGGGGGUGAGUGGCAGUGCAGGGGUGAGUGGAAGUGUGGCAGGGAGUGGCAGUGCGAGGAUGAGGGGGAGUGCAGCAGCGCAUGGCACGCCAUGGCAACGCCUCCACGCCUGCUUCUCCACCUCCUCCCCUCUGCACACCCUCCUCGCUCCCCAACCUCCCGCUCCCCAACCUCCCGCUCCCCAACCUCCCGCUACCCAACCUCCCGCUCCCCAACCUCCCGCUCCCCAACCUCCCGCUCCCCAACCUCCCGCUACCCAACCUCCCGCUUCCCAACCUCCCGCUACCCAACCUCUUGCCGCUCCCCAAGCUUUCUCUCCCCAAACUCUCGCUGUUGAUCCAGCCUCUGUCUCCCAAGCCAAUUACCCUCCUUCCAACCAGCCUACCGCCACCCACCCACCCGUCACCCACCCUCCCGCCAACAACUCUCCUGCCAACCACCCGCCCUCCAAACACCCUGGCACCAACCACCCGCCCACCAACCACCCGCCCACCAACCGCCCACCCCCGAACCACCCUCCCGCCAACCUCCCUCCUGCCAACCAUUCGCAUUUUAACCACGCUCCCGCCGACCACCUUGCUCCUAACCACUCUUCUUCACUCAUGAAAUCGGCCCAAACCCCCGCUGUGCCCCCUUCACUAUUCGCGUCCCUCUCUGCUGCUGCCAUCAGCCCCUGUGCUGCUGCGUGUGCCUCUGCGAGCCUUUCCGACACCGUCUCACCACAGCACCUGCCCCCAUCGUCGCGGCCACAUGCCUUGCCCUUUCCACCUGCGCUUCCUGCCUCUGCUGUAGCACCACCACUAACACCUGCCGUACCCACUGCACCACUGCCAACCCCUGCCACACCCCCUGCUGCAGCACCAAUCCCCAUUCCCACCACACCCCCUUCUGUAGCCCCGGCAGCAGCACUGCCAGGUGCCGCCCUCCCAGCGGACAGUCUGCUGAGAGCAGCCUGUGUGAUGGACAGCAUGAGAGCAGCCUGUGUGAUGGACAGCAUGAGAGCCCUGCUGGCCCAUCCUGCCCCCACCACUCCUCUCCCCUCCCUUCCUCUCUUGCCGUCUCUCGCCUCUCUAUUCCCUCCAGCUGCCCCCACCCUUGCUGCCGCUUCUACUGCCAUGGCCCCUGCUGCUGCUGCUGCUGCUGCUGCUGCUGCUGCUGCUGCUGCUGCUGCUGCUGCUCCUUCUGUUGCUCCUGCUGCUGCAACUCCUGCUGCUGUCCCUGCCAUCUCUCUCCUGCUGCAGCAGCCCCUUCCAGCCUCGCUCUUCUAG